UGUGGCUCUGACUUAUCUUUUCUCAGUCUUUUUUUUUUUUAUUAUUCUUUUUUCUUUUUAUUCAUAUAUAUAUUACUUUUUAAUUAAUCAACAAUGUCUGGAUUCAAUAUUGCCACUCCAUCUAUGACUACACCUGCUAUGCAAACACCUUCUAUUCCUACACCUCAUCACAAUUCUACUCCAUUUGCUGUACCAUCAACACCAGCUCCUUUGGAUGCACCAACACCUAGUAGAGAUCAGAAUCCUUAUGCUGUUGCUGGUAUUACACCUACUUUACAGAACAUUGUAGCUACUGUGAACUUGGAUUGUCGAUUAGAUUUGAAGAAUAUUGCACUUCAUGCUCGGAAUGCUGAAUACAAUCCAAAGCGUUUUGCUGCUGUGAUUAUGCGUAUUCGUGAACCCAAGACAACUGCUUUAAUCUUUGCCUCUGGAAAAAUGGUGGUAACUGGUGCCAAGUCUGAAGAUGAUUCGAAAUUGGCUGCAAGGAAAUAUGCUCGUAUCAUUCAAAAAUUGGGUUUCCAAGCAAAGUUUACAGAUUUCAAAAUUCAAAACAUUGUUGGUUCUUGUGAUGUCAAGUUUCCUAUUCGAUUGGAAGGAUUGGCUUAUUCUCAUGGUCACUUCAGUUCUUAUGAACCUGAACUAUUUCCUGGUUUGAUCUAUCGAAUGGUGAAGCCUAAGAUUGUGUUACUGAUCUUUGUAUCUGGCAAAAUUGUAUUGACUGGUGCUAAGGUUCGUGAAGAAAUCUAUCAAGCUUUCCAAGCUAUUUACCCUGUACUUCAAGAAUUCAAGAAAGGCGGUUAAAAGAAUAUUUCAAGACUGAUGAUCUGGCAUCCACCCCCCAAAAAUCCACUCCCUUUUAUUAUAUCUCUUUCUAUCACAAACACACACCUACUGUCUUUCUCACAUAUAUACAUACACAAAUGACAUAACACACAAAAAAAAACAAAUCAUUUUCUUUACACAACAAUCUCAUUACAAAAAUCAAAAAAAUUACCCUUUAUAUCAAUUACACACCCUUUAUCAUUCUCUUUUUCCCUUUGUAUGAUUCAACCUUUUAUUCAUUUUUUUUUUCAUGUACAAAUAGUUUUAUUCCUUUUAUCUCUGCAUUUUUUUAUAGUAAAUAUAUUUCCCCUGUCUCUCUCUUUAUUUUUUUUUUAUUUUCGCUUUAUACUGUUCCUUUCUUUAUCAAUUAAAAAAAAAAUCAAAAAACAAUAAAAGCAAAGAUGAUUCUUAUCAUAUGACCAG